AUGACGACUCGCGCUGAAACACUCAUCGCGCGAGCCUGUCUCACGAGCGAAUCGCCAUGCCGCCUCUCGCCCCCGAAGACCUCUCGCGUGCUCGACCCACACCAAGAUUCGCACCCCAGCGAAGCCAUAUUUGGACGCUCGGCAGGAGCUUUAGGCAGAGAGGUGUUUAAGACCGACGAGAAGGAGGUCAACCCAGCGAUUAAAGUUUGUGCUAUACAAGUGCGGAGCUGUCGGAGUGAGGAGUGCCGCUUCAUGCUUCGUGGUUAUAUCGACAAGAACACGGCGCGCGGGGAUAGAAGCCUGUCGGCAGCAGGACCUCCACAACGACAACAACUCACCAGCAACAGCACAUAUCGACAGCAACACGGCGCGCGGUGA